AUGGACGCCAAGACCUCGGCAUCAUGCGAUCCGACCGUGAUCAUGACUCACUUGCGGGAACUCAGCAGUCAAGCAGCCAGUAUUGUUAGAGCUCUAAAGUAUGGGAGGGUGCAACUUGGUCACGAAGAGUACAAGUCCUUGGAGGCUGCAAGCAUGGACCUUAACAAGACUGUAGCGACUGUUACGGAGGAGGUCAAGUCACUGGGAAGACGGCGGAAGGAUGCAAUUGUCGCAGAAGGACAAAAACUUUUGUCUCAGGCAGAAAACGUUAAAUCAGACAUGAUGAGGACAAAUGAGUUGAAAAAUCGCGUCAUCUUUAUACGGAACAUGCAGUUAUUCUUCAAUCCUCCAGAAGGGUCAAAACUUGACUCGCCGCCUGUCCAAAAAAGGAAGAAGUUAACUCGUGAACGUUGUGAAAUGAUUCGCAGGCUUCCUCCGAGUGCAGCAAUUAUCUGGGCAGCAGCCUUUCCUCCCAGUGCUUGGGAUUCGAACAUCAUGUCUAAAAGCCUAUUCGAUUACGUUAUCGAGUUUCUGACUCCUGAAAAAGAUGAAAAAGAACUGCGAUACCCUGCCAGUUUAUACGAGAUCUUAACGGCGCUGGCAGCUGAGCAGCCACUCCAGAAUUCAACCGAAUUUGAAGCGUUCUUGGCCAAUCUAUAUAAUGAAGUAGGAAGCGACCACAUAACCCCGCGUGCAGAGCAAAAAUCUCACGUUACUGGUGUGAACGAAGCGGCACAAGAAGUCAUUGAAAUGGCAUUCCUUGUUCCAGGUUCCAAAAUGGACAGACUUCUAGAACUCCAUUCGUUGUCCGCAAACCGUCAUAGCAUUAUCCUUACGAUUCCCAUUGAAGACCGUGUUGCGACUGUUGUUAUCUCUAUACCGCGUGACGAUGCUAUCCGAUUCGGCCACCAAUUCUCUUUGCCAGUGAUAUUUAACUCAAAUCCUUUUUCCUCGUAA